AUGCGGUGGAAGCUUGACUCCUCCGUCUACAAGCGCGUGCCGUCCAGGGAAACCGCCAUGGAACCCGACGUCGAGACACCAAUGAGAAUGACGGACAGCGGCAGCGGCGGUGGCGGCGCGGGGCCGUCGUGGCGCAUGUCCUUGCUGCAUGUCUGUGUCGCCGCGCUCACCUCGUUCCUCUUUGGAUACCACUCCGGGGUGGUGAACGAGCCCUUGGAGAGCAUCUCCGCUGACCUUGGCUUUGCCGGCAACACGCUUGCUGAAGGGCUCGUGGUGAGUAUCUGCUUGGGAGGAGCUUUUGUUGGGUGCCUCUUCAGCGGCUCCAUCGCCGACGGGAUUCGGCGACGCCGUGCGUUCCAGCUCAGUGCACUGCCUAUGAUCAUUGGUGCUGCCAUAAGAAGAGUGGACGAGAAGUUCAGCAUGGCUGUCAUCGAUGCAAGUCUAAUGCAAUGGCUAAAGAUCAGCAUAGCUGUCAUCAGCCAAACUGAUGCUGCGGUCGCUGUGCAGACGAGUGGACGAGAAGAUUGGUUUUCAUAUUACUUUUCAUAUACCUAUGUGCAGUCUCAUAGUUUAAAUGAACAGCAAGCACAAUAA